AUGACAUAUUACUAUAAAUAUGGUGCCUUAGGUAUAUUUGUCAAUGCUACCAAGAGAACUACCAAAAUCACAAGUUUUUUGGAAUCUUUGAUGCCUUCAGCAUCUACUAGUUUUUCUGGAAUUGUGA